AACUAUCAUAGACGUGAUCUAAUACAUUUAAUACAUAAGUCCUAUUCAUUAUCCUAUCAUUCUCUGAAUAUGACUAUUAAAACAAUCUUAUCAAAAUAUCCUUUAACCUUAAUCAUCAUUAUUAUUUAUCGUUUAUUAAUUCUAAGUUCAUUAAUCAUUAUUACUGUGAUCGGUUAUCAAUAUUUUUAUCCAAAUGAGAAUGUUGAUUUUGUGAAAUUGGUUAGUUUAUUUAAAUCACUUACUGUAAUUACAUUGGGUUUAUCAAUUGUAUACUUUCUUACAGCUACAUUAUUUCAAUGGUUAAAAUGGGAUAAAAUACAUAGUUAUUUCUAUGUACUUGUAUUAACUUAUAGUUGGGUAGCUUUAUGGAUGUAUUUAUUGGUUAUGGUAUUACAUCCGGGCAUUUUAACUUGUAAUCCGGAAUUGAAGAAAUUACCAUUAUGGUUCAAUUAUAUGUGUAAUUUAGUUGUACCAGUGGCAAUUAUGAUUGACGCCUUCCUAUGGAAACCGAAACCAGUUAGAUUUCUGGUUUCAAUUUUCAUAUGCGGUCUACUGGUGUUCGUUUACAAUAUCUUUGUAGAAGUUCAAAUCAAUAAAUUACAAUACAGUAUGUAUCCAGCUCUAGAUAAUAUGCAUAUUAGUUGUCGUCUUCUAGUUUAUUAUGUUGCUUGGAUAUGUGUAUUCAUUCUGACUUUUCUAUCAUAUAUGUUUAUUCGUUUGCUCAAUCGUGGUAACAAUAUACAAACUAUAGUAGAAUUGUAUAGAAGAAAUAAACCAAAAUUCUAAAUUCUUUCAAUCUUAUCAUCAAUAGAUUACAAUAGUUUUUACAUUGAAGUGUUCAACAAUAUGGAUCUGAUUGAAAUAGAAUAAGACUAUUUAUUUUAACAAUUUGUUCAUGUGUUGUACUAUAUAUAUAUAUCUCUCUCUUCUCAAGUUGACUUGAUGUAAACACAUCAAUAUGAUUUGAUUGUUAUUCACUUUCACUACAAACUUUUCUUACAAUAUAUCUGUGUGAAUACAGUCUAUAACUACUCAAAUAUAAUGUCCUAUUCAUGUAA